CCGAUUGCCGCUUAUAUUUUGCCGCUUGUGGAAAAUGGCGUCGUUGAAGACUCCGUGCAAGUACGGGGGGAAUUGUUACAGGAAAAAUCCACAACAUUUACGCGAUUACAGCCAUCCACAGGAUUUACAGGAAUCUGAACAGGAUAAAAACACAACGAAACGGAAAAGAGACGCCGAUGACACAGAUCCAGAACACAAGAAAAGAAAUCGUGAAAGUGUCCGCAAGAAAGACGAAAAGGACCAAGGGAAAUCAGAGGAAGAAAGUGAAGACGCUUCUGAUUUCGCAAAUGGAAAGAGUUGUGAGAGUGAUGAUGAAGAAGAGGAAAGCGUGGAAGAUCUUCCAUCUCCUGAUAAUGUCCGAGAUAACAUCAAAAAGAAAUAUCUCAUGGAAAUGCCAGAGGAUUUCUACCAGUUCUGGGAUUUCUGCAAGAAGCUAGAUGGCUCUCAUCCAGAGAAUGUUAUGAAAUCGUUGAUUGGUUUUACGCUUGUUGGACCAUAUGACAUCUUGGCAGGGAAACAUAAGGGUGUCAACAAAAACAAGAAAGGGAGAAAACCCAACUUUCUCUUGCAUUACCGCUAUUAUUAUGAUCCACCAGAAUUUACCACAGUUGUCAAAGGAGAUGAUAAUAAAUUGUUUCAUAUAGGAUAUUUCAGGGACGAUCCAUCAGAAAUGCCAGUUUUUGUUGCAGUAAAUGAAGCUAGUGAAUCGUGCAAAAUAGUCCCCAAAGGAGAGAACAUAUUCGGUGCUGUUAAAAAUCUCAUUGAUGAAGAACUGAAGUCGAAAUCCAUUAAUCAGGACAAGAGGAAAAAGCUACAGGAUUUCCAGAACCAAUUAGUUGAUUUUGCAAAAUCAAAAGACAUUUGUUUGGACUUGCAGAGCUCUGGAAUGAAAAGGCGAAACAAAAAAGUUGUGUGCAAGAGUUUCCAUGGAGCAGGAAUAGUUGUUCCUGUUGAUGAAAAUGAAGUUGGAUAUCGACCAGUUCCCGAAACUCCUGCAGACUUGAAGAAGAUGUUCAAGAAAGUUGUUGACAGCAAAACCGAAGAAGAAAGAGACAAGAAUAUGGACCCAAUUCAGGAACUCAUCACUUUAAUACAGUUUGCAAAUGAUGAAUGUGAUUAUGGGGAAGGACUUGAACUCGGCAUUGACCUUUUCUCAUUUGGAGGGGAUGCCCUUCAUUCCCUCAUCAAACACUUACUUCCCCUUGCUUAUCAGCUUCUUGGACGUUUGGAAUUCAAAGAAAUUAUUGAAAUGCAUUUGAGACGCAGAUCACGUUAUGUAAACAAUGAAUUGGAAAUCUGAGAAAGGAAAACAUUCAGUUCUAUAUUAUAUAACAUGCAAUUUUUUUAUAUACUACUUCGUAGAUAUUAGUUUACUUGUCAUUGUUAGAGUAACAAUUUACGUCUCAUGGAGUGUAUGCCACUGUACAAAAUUAAGACUUGUAUUUCAUUGUCAAUCAUUUACAUGUCAACAAUAGUUACAAUACAUAUCAUUUCAAUUAUCCAGAA